UUUAGCUCCUAUAUUUUUGUAUACAUUUUUGUAUUUAAAAACGUAAGAAAUAAAACCAUUUAUACGAAUGGUAAUAAUAAAAGGUAACUAAAGAAAAUGAGAACAUAUAACAGAAAAGGUAUUUAAAGAUGUAAUUACCAUAAUAAACUUUAGUUGUAUUUGCUUAAAAUUCCGGAGAAAGAAUUAUAUGUUACCAUUUGGAAUAUGUGUGCACUAAAUAAAGGGUUUUAAAUAAGGGAAACGAUUAGUGAUGAAAAUUUUUAUGCAAUUUGUCUAACAAUAACGAUUAGUAAUUUGUCUAACAAUAUUUAUGGAAAUAUUUGUAAUGGAAAGAAAUUUAAUUGCGAGAUUUGUUACAUAUUUUUUUUAGAAUUCGUGUGCAUUAAAUAAAGGGUUUUUAUUAAGGGAAGUGAUUGGUGUCUACCUUUAAAAAAGGAAAUACCUUUAAAACAUUAAGAACCAUAAAAAUAAUAUUAAAAAAAGGAAACCUUUUGAUUCUUAAAUAAAUUUAACGUGAUUUAUUGAAGUCAUAUUGAAGUCAAAGUACAAAAUAUAAAACCAAUAACUAUCCAAAAAUAAUGUGAGCAUUGAAGUACGUUGUAAUACAAUUAUACAAAGGUAAAUUAGUCCAUGAACGGAAAGACGGAAAGUAAUUAAACAUUAAAAGGAAAAUGACUAAAAUAAGAGUAAAUCAUUGAAAAUAUACCAAAUUGUAUGUAAUUAUAAUUACCAUUACCAUAAAAAACUUUAAUUUUUCGUGAAAAUUUUGGAUAGUAUAAAUACGCUACCUUACCGUGCCAGUAAAUUAAACGAGUGUUCAGGAAACGAGAGUUUUAGAGAGUUUUAAUUAAUCGCUUCACCUCUGUUUUUGGCCGGAGAUGAGAGUGAUGAUUACCGCCCUAAAAAAUGUUCAUGAAAAAUCCGGGUUGUUGAUGAUGAAGCUAAGAGUAAUUAGAGUUUACCACGUUGCUGCUCAUUCUCGAGGACCGGAAUCGUUGGAUGUUGUUUUCCACGACUCAGAGGGCGCUCGGAUCCAUGCUCAGAUCAAAGAUACUGAUAUAAGCACAUUCAAACAAGAUUUGCAAGAAAAUGCGGUUUACUUAAUCAUGAGGGUCAAGGUUUUACACAAUUUCCAAGGCACAAAGACUACUAAUCACCCUUGCAUGCUCCAAUUUUUGGGAAAGACCAAGAUUCAAAAACUAACAGACAAUGGAUUUCCUAAUUUUCGAUUCUACUUUAAGAGUUUUGAAGAUGUUCUCAAAACAAAGUUUGCUGACCAAGUCUUUUUAGUUGAUAUAAUCGGGAAAGUAGUUAGUCGAACUAUGCCCGAAACCCGUAUGGUUAAAAAUGCCCCGGAGCAAAUGAUGGAAGUUACAUUGGAGAACCACAAUGGCGUUCGGUUGAAUUGUACGUUAUGAGGAAAUCACGUCAAUGUUUUCAUUGGUGGAUUGAGUGCAUCGGAAUCGCCCUUUCCAAUUUUGGUGUUCCAAUAUAUACCACAAUGGUAU